AUGAUCGUUAAAACUGUACUCUUUGUCUGCGCUCAGGCUUUAGUGAUGCAGUCCAUCUCCGGCCAGUGUAUCGGCGCCGGCUGGGCUGAAGCCCCCUACCUCGGCUCUUGGGCAGGUGCUCCCUACGGUGCUGCCGGUUUCUGCGGCGCUGCGCCCGCUUUCUCCGGCGGCUCUCUCCCAGUGGCCAGCGCCUCCCCUAUCCCACCGAACGGAGUGUCCGUGCUGUCUGAGAACGCUUACUGCGGAGAGCUCGCUGUCCGCGGCGCUCUGCCGUUCUUGGGAACUGUGGGACUAGAGGGCGCCCUGCCUACUGCCGGCUCCGGCUCGGUCGCGUACGGCUGCGGCAACGGAGAGGUCGCCAUGCUGACUGAGGACAUCGGUGCUGCCGCCUAUGCUCCGUUCGGAUACGGAUACGGAUACGAAGGUCGCGCUGGAUGUGGAUGCGGAUGUGGACGUCUCUACUAAAGGAGAUCAAUAACGAUAUUUGAAACAGAUCAAUAAAGAGAACUUAAACAACAUUGUAUGAACUUUCUUAAUUUACCUAUAUUAUAACUA